AAGAAUUUGGAAUUCUAUAUUAAUUUAGGGCGUUGGAUGAGCAAGCUCUCGCCGCUAGUUUGUGUUGGGUCGUAGGUAGGCCAUUGACUCGGUCGUUUGGACAAUUGGGAGUUCGAAAGGCGUCGAAACGCUUGUUCAAAAGCCUUAUUCAACAUCCAUUGCCGUCAUCUCCUUCGCCUUCUGCACGAGCGCAAAGAAAAGAAACUAGCAGCACAAGCAUGGAAUCCAUCAACGUCCUGAAGGGCUAUGGCAAACUGAACAGCGCCGAAGCUCAAACCCCACACCAUCACAGAGCCGCCAAGAGACCUCUAAUCCUCGCCGUCACCGUCUCCUCGAUCGUUCUGCUGACCAUAACCCUAGGCCUCCUCAUCGGUGCUCUCGUCCGCGAGUCGAGUACCGAGGGAUCGGAGGCGCAGUCGCUCAGAUCCAGCUCGGCCCAGUCGAUCCGAGCCGUCUGCAGCGUGACCCAGCAUCAAGACUCGUGCUUCACGAGCAUAUCCUCCCUCAACAGCUCCGUCGAGCCCGACCCAGAAGCCAUCUUCGAGCUCUCCCUGCGGGUGUGCGUCAACGAGGUGUCCAACGGUUCCCUGUUCGUGAGGGACCUGGUCAAGAGCUCGAACGACGCGCGCUCGAAGGGCGCUCUAGGGGACUGCGCGGGCCUACUGGAGGACGCGGCGAGCCGGCUCAGGGACUCGGUGGCGGCCAUGGAGGCGGCGGGGCCGGGGGAGAAGGCGUUGACGGAGCUGAAGAUCAGCAACAUACAGACGUGGGUGAGCGCGGCCAUGACGGAUCAGGAGACGUGCUUGGACGGGCUGGAGGAGAUGGGGUCAACGGUUCUUGAGAUGGUCAGAGAUCGGUUGAGCAGGUCGAGGGAGUUCAUGAGCAACAGCUUGGCGAUUUGUGCUCAGAUGAGCGCCGUUCUCGAGAAGUUCGAGAUGGGUAUGCAUUAGUCUUGUCUUGGACACAGAAUCGAGUGUCCGAGGAUGCCUUGACACAGAAUUUACAGAUUUGACUUUGUGGACUGGUGUGUUGUGUUGGUGCCAGUAUAGAAACUUAGUGCGUGCUGAUUUUGUCUGCAAAUGUUCUUGAUACUGAUUCAUUUAUUGGUGAGUUUGCAUCUGUGAA